UCGCAUCUGAUGACAAGAGAGAGGCCCCACAGGAGAUCUGCUCCACUUUUUCCGGGGUUCGUAAAGCAGGUCUAGUGUGCCUGAGCAGAGCUAAGGUUCACAGAUGAAGAAUUGGUAGAUAAUCUAUGCAACAUUUGCAUUAAGAGAAGGCGCACAACCUUUUUUAAAUAAACGCACAGUACGGCGAGCGACCGAGGAUUUGUGAACUACUCACAGCCCCACUGUUCACGGCUAAAUAGUUAGCCACGGCCACACAGAGGUAUGUCUGAAGUUAGUCUUGAAGCUGACUCGGGGAAGACCUCAGCCGAGGACCCUCGGGUGGAUUAUAAGGAGGCUGAAAAAGCAGAGGAGGGUUUGAAGUUGGAAAUGAAACAGGAGAUUUUAGACGACAGUAGCGGAGAAGAUAACAGAGAUGAAGCGCUGUACGACAUUGAUAUUGACAGUCCUGAAGAAUGUGCAGAAGACAGUGACAGGGAUGUGGAGGAGCAGGAUGAGGGAGUUCAGACUGAGAGUGAGGUGACAUGCAGGGAUGGUGAGGCCACACGCGUGCAAGUCAGUGUAGAAAGUGGGGAACAGGAGACAAAUCAUCAGGUUGAAAGAGCUGAAACACCAGAGGAGAGCGGCGAAUCUCCCACUGAAACAAAGGAGAGCACCAUGGCUGAGGAGCCCAGUAGAAGCUCAGCCGCAGAGAUCCCAGUCACCAGCAACGGAGACCUGGAUCAGAGCCCUGAGACGGUCUUCCAGAGGGACUCUUACCCCAGUGGACCUGUGGCCCUGAACCUCUCAGAGUCCUGUGUCAUCUCCAGUAACUUCACUUCAACAGCAGAGGGCAUCAUUGAAUCAGGACCAUACAGAGGGUCAGCAAGCCUGCCCACAUCUCCCGUGGCAUCUGUAGCUCCCAGCUUGGCUGUUGCUAGCCGCCUGGCACGCUCUUCCAGCGAUAGUCAGGCUGAGAAAGGCGCAGGAGCAGUGGUCCUGUCAGAUGACUUAAAGAGUCCAGCCAUGGAGAAACUGGAUCUUGUGAGAAAGUGGAGCAUCAACACAUAUAAAUGCACGAGGCAGAUCCUGUCAGAGAAGCUGGGCCGGGGCUCGAGGACUGUGGACAUGGACCUGGAGGCUCAAAUCGAAGUCCUCCGUGACAACAAGAGAAAGUACCAGCAUGUAAUCAAGCUGGCUCAGACACUGGCCAAUCAGCUUUCUCAGAUGAUGCAGACACAAAGGCAGCUGGGCGACGCCUUUGCUGACCUCAGCCUCAAGUCCCCAGAACUCCAUGAGGAGUUUAGCUACAACGCUGACACCCAAAAACUUUUGUCCAAAAAUGGAGAGACACUGCUGGGUGCAAUCACCUUUUUUAUCGCCAGUGUUAACACUCUUGUGGACAAAACGAUUGAGGACACCAUGCUUAACAUCAAACAGUAUGAAUUUGCCAGAGUUGAGUAUGAUGCGUACCGUACAGAUUUGGAGGAGUUGAAUCUGGGGCCACGUGAUGCCACCACCAUGCCCAAGAUAGAACAGUCCCAGCAGCAGUUCCAGAUCCACCGGGAGAAGUACGAGAGGAUGCGAACCGACGUCUCUGUCAAGCUGAAGUUCUUGGAAGAGAACAAGGUGAAAGUAUUGCACAACCAGCUCAUCCUGUUCCACAAUGCCAUCGCUGCGUACUACGCUGGAAACCAACAGCAGCUGGAACAGACACUCAAGCAGUUCCACAUCAAGUUGAAAAUGCCAGGUGGGGACAGUCCAUCGUGGCUAGAAGAGCACUAAUCACUCAUUUAUGAAGCCACAAUGGCUCAGUUUGACAGGAAAUGUCAAAUUCUACAAAAACUACAGGAACUCCCCUCCUUCCUCCUUUCUUCAGCUCUCCUGUCACUGCCUUUCAAACUUUCAGAAUUGUAAGUCUUAUGACUCAUGCAAAACAUGAAAAAGACAAAAUCCCACAAUCUGUUUUGCUCUUGAUGUUAAAUAAUCCUUUUCAUAUUGCAGUUAUUUGAAAAUGUAGGAAAUGCACUUUUAUAUUGUUUGACACAUCAGUAAAACAGGAGUUGCUGCAGUAAACUCAUUUGGAAACUGUAAAAUGGCCUUUUCUACUCCAGCAAAUGAAUGUUGUAUCUCCCCAUGUCAGCUCUGUAAGGGCAUCGACAGGAUCAAAACGACUGCCAUUAUUUGCAUUACUUUUUAUCAGCCCUACUCAAACAAAGAUGAAUGCUUUAUAGAUUUAAAUCUGGACACUUGAGAAGACUCUGAACAUGAUGUAUUUAAUGAUUUGACUUUAAAACGGUCCUGAUAUACUGAUCACAACAGCAGGUUUCAAGCUUCUUGAUCAUGCAAAUAAAAAGCUAAUUGACUCUGAUUUAAGUGGUAGUCGACAUAUUGGGAAAUCACUUAAUUGCUGUCUUGCUGAGCGUUGGAUAAGAAGAUCAACACCACUUUCAUAUUUGUAUAUUAAAUAUAAUGAUUCAGCUGCCAGCUGCUUUUUUGGAGCUUAGCUUAGCAUUAAGACUGGAAACAAGGAUAAAAAGUCCUGUUUACCUCAUUCAAGCAAAAAAACAAAGUUUAAAAAAAAUAAAGUUGAGGGGUUUAUGGGAGUUUUUUUUUUUUUUUCACAGCUUAGGAUAGAGCCAGGCUAGCAGCUUCCUACUGAUUCCUGUUAUUAUGCUAAGCUAGGCUAACCAGCUGCAAUCUCUAAAUUCACAUUUAAUGUACUGAUAUAAGAGUUAUAGCAAUCUUCUCAUCCAACUCUGGAGGGAGAAAAAGAGUUUUACCCAAAAUGCCAAACGGUAUAUUUAAAACUGAUAUUCAAAUGGAAGAGAAAGUGGCUUUCCAAAACAAAUCAUGAAUAUUGUGAUAUGAUUAUGCCACUUAUAUUUGACAUCACCCUCUUUUUUUUUUUUUUUAAGCAUUUGCCUAUUUCUGUCUCAAUUCAGGCACAUGACUGAAUAGGUCAAAAUGUUGUUUUUUUUCCAGAGAAAAUGAAGGACCAGCCUUAUGUGACUUAAUGUGCCUUGGAUUCUUGAAUUGUUCCUCUCCCCCUCUGUGCUGAUAGACCUAGUCCUUAUAUUAUAUUGUUAUUAAACAGGCGCUCUCAUUACCAGUUUUUCGGGACCAACUCUCUUAAAGGAAGAGAAAGGACCAAACAUAUGCACAUGCACACACAGACUUGGACUAAGGAUGUACAUAUAGAGCCUAUUCAACUUUACAUCCUAAUACACUCCACAUUGCACAAAAUAAAAGCUCCGUUAAAAACAAGUGCACCAGUAACUUCACAAAGUUCUCAUGUAUUUUUAGGACUUGCUCUUCUCAAAGAUAUUUAUCCAUAUUGCACAUACUACCAUUUAUGCAUUUGAGACUAAUUACAAAAAAAAAAUCAUGUAUGAUAUGUAAGUUGAAAACCAAAAUGCGAUUAACUUGAAAAACUUUUUAGCAAAUUUGAAAGACCCGCAUCCUUUGCCUGAGCUGCUAACGGAUUCUUUCAUUGGACUAUAUAAAAGUAUAUUUUUCUCAGAGGACACAUAUUGUAUGCUGGUUUUGAUAACCUGCUGUGUCAUCCUCACUUUGUACUAUGAUAGCAGUUUGAGGGAGUUAAUCUUUUACAUCAAUCUACUGUUUCCCUAAAAUAGAUGGAUAUAUAUUUGUAAUUUUCUCUAUUUUACCUCGAGUAUGUAGUCAGUGACCAAUGCUGCAGUUUGGCUUUUUUUAUUCCCUCGAGACCUCCAGAAUGAUGUGCUAGUGGAUCUCUACCUUUUUAAUAAUGAAACAUUUACAACAAAUGUUGAGUUAAGAAAGUAUUCUGAAUGUCGUGUAACUUCUUUGGGAAAAUAAAAGAUUAUUUUGAGCAUCUUCA